AUGCGUGACUACUUCGUUGAAGACUCAAAGUUUGACGAACCAUUUUUUCGUCAUCGUUUUCGCAUGAGCAAGAGGUUGUUUUUGAAGAUUGUUGGUGACAUUGAAGCUAAAUUUAGUUACUUUCAAGAGGGGUACGACGCACGGGGUAAAAAAAGUUGCACCGCUCUUCAAAAGUGUACGUUGGCGAUCAAGCAACUGUAUACGGGUAAACCUUCAGACGCGUAUGACGAGUAUUUAUGUAUGGCUGCCAUAACGGGACGCGAGAGCAUGGAGUACUUUUGUGAUGCGGUCAUCAAUUUAUAUCAAAAGGAGUUCUUACGUAGGCCGACAUCUCAUGACGUUGCUCUCAUCAAACAAGCUCAUGAAGAAAGACACUGCAUUCCAGGAAUGCUUGGUAAUCUUGAUUGUACACACAUCAAAUGGAGGAUGUGCCCUAAACAUUUAAAAGCGCAAUACAUGGGGGGUGAUCACAAGCAUUCGUUUUUCGGUCCUGCUGGAUCGAACAACGAUGUCAAUGUUUUGCAAUCGUCGUUGUUUCAAAACGAGCGUAAUGGAUCCACGCCAGACAGUUCAUUUAGCGUAAAUAGACAUGAUUACAAGCGUGGUUACUACCUUACCGAUGGAAUCUAUCCUAGGUGGGUUGCGUUUGUUAAAGCUUAUCCGCAACCAGUAGAACAAGAUGAAAAGAAACUUAAAAGACUACAAGUGGCUGCAAGAGAGGAUGUUGAGUGGGCGUGUACUAUACUACACAACAUGAUCAUCAAAGACAACGGGCGGACAAUAUCACCGGUUCAUAUUAUGGAUCCACCGGUGCCAAGAGUUUAUAACCCGGAAGCAUACCGGGAGUUACAAGACGAGGACGUGCAUCAUCGGCUCCGAUAUGAUCUCACGACGCAUGUAUCGGCUUUAGACUUAUCAUACCUUGAUGAUCCAGUGAUGCAGCCACCAUCAGUUGCGAGUUUGAUUUAG